AUGGAUACAGUAAUGAUAUUGCUUUUAACAUGCCUUAUUUCAACGUUAACAUUGGUGGUACGGGGUGAAGAUCCCUACUUAUUCUUCACGUGGAACGUGAGUUAUGGCACCAUCUCUCCCUUGGGAAUCUCCCAACAAGCUAUUCUUAUUAAUGGUGAAUUUCCUGGACCGAAUAUUAACUCCACCACCAACAACAAUGUCCAUAUCAAUGUCUUUAACAACCUUGACGAGCCAUUCCUUCUUACUUGGAGCGGCAUUCAACACAGAAAGAAUUCUUGGAGCGACGGAGUUAUCGGAACAAACUGCCCAAUUCCUCCAGGGACGAAUUACACUUACCGAUUCCAGGUGAAAGACCAGAUUGGUAGCUACAUUUACUAUCCCUCAACGGCCCUGCACAAGGUGGCCGGUGGCUUCGGUGGUCUCCGAAUUAAUACCCGUGAAUCCGUCUCCGUUCCUUAUGACAGAUAUCCUGAAGAUGACUACACUGUCCUUAUUGGUGAUUGGUAUACCAAGAGCCACACUGAUCUCAGGAAGAUCUUGGAUAGCGGUCGCCCCAUUGCGAGGCCUGAUGGUAUUCUCAUCAAUGGGAAAUCCGGGAAGCCCGAUGGACAGGGCGAGCCUCUUUUUACAAUGAAGUCUAACAAGACGUACAAAUAUAGAAUCUGCAAUGUUGGGCUCAAGACCUCGCUAAACUUCAGAAUCCAAGACCAUAAUAUGAAGCUUGUGGAGAUGGAGGGUUCGCACACCGUCCAGAACGUGUACGAUUCUCUAGACGUGCACGUUGGGCAGUGCUAUGGCGUGCUUGUGAUUGCUGACCAGGCCCCCAAGGACUACUACAUGGUUGCUUCCUCCCGAUUCACCAAGAAUAUCAUGACAACCACGGCAAUCAUCCAUUAUGUCGAUGGCAACGGACCGGCCUCCCCGGAUCUAGCCGAGCCUCCGGUUGGUUGGGCCUGGUCACUCAACCAGUUUCGUUCUUUCCGUUGGAACCUAACCGCCAGCGCUGCCAGACCGAACCCUCAGGGUUCCUUCCACUAUGGUGCCAUCAACAUCACCCGCACGAUCAGGCUCGUUAACACAGUCAGCAGGGUGGAUGACAAACUUCGUUAUGCCAUUAACGGUGUCUCUCACGUCGAUCCAGGCACCCCACUCAAGCUCGCAGAGUACUAUGGAGUCGCUGAUCAAGUUUUCAAGUAUGACUCAAUCGGUGAUGAGCCACCAGCUGAAAUUACAGACGUUUCACUGAAGCCCAAUGUCCUCAACAUGACCUUCCGCAACUUUGUGGAGAUCAUCCUGGAAAACCAGGAGAAGAGCAUCCAGUCAUGGCACUUGGAUGGCUACUCAUUCUUUGUCGUUGGAAUUGAGCCUGGAACCUGGAGUCCAGAAAAGAGAAAGAACUAUAACUUACUCGACGCAGUGAGCAGGCACACCGUACAAGUCUUCCCCAAAUCCUGGGCUGCCAUUCUCUUGACGUUCGACAAUGCUGGAAUGUGGAAUCUCAGGUCGGAGAAUUGGGAGAGGACUUACCUUGGGCAACAACUCUACGCAAGCGUUAUUUCUCCUGCACGCUCUCUCAGGGAUGAAUCCAACCUCCCCGAUCAAGCUCUUGUCUGUGGUAUUGUAAAGGACAUGCCCAAGCCCCCACCCUACAGCAAUUAA